AUGCUGAGCCCUACCUUUAUUCUGUGGGAUGUGGGGUACCCACUAUAUACUUACGGAUCUAUCUUCAUUAUUGCAUUAAUUAUUUGGCAUGUGAAAAGGAGCCAUCAAGGAUUAAUGUUGGGACCUGACAAGAGCUGUUAUAAGUGUUAUCAGAGAAUCAAACAAAGGCCCGGAGAUAGAACAUCAAGAGCUAAGAGGACCUCCAAGGAAGAAACUGAGAAGCUGCGGAAGCUGCUCUCCGUUAUGAAAAGCCAGGGCUGGCUUCCUCAGGAAGAAAGUAUACGGAGGCUCCUGUGCUCAGAUCCCUCCUGCCCAAUCUGCAAUGCUAUGGCCCUGGAAAUCCAGCAGUUGCUGGGGUGUGAGAACAAAGAGACCUCUUGUACUUCACUGAGGCAGUCACAGAGCUUUUCUUGCCUGGAGGCAUUGUCUUCAUCCAAACUGUUGUGUGACAAGAAUUCAGAGCUCUGUUCGCAACACUCCAGAGACAUGUCACUGGCACCCAGCUUCUCACCGUCACAGUCAACAGAUCAGAAAUCUUCUCGGUCAGCUGCCCCGUCAACUGCUGAUGUCAACUUCCAGUAUUACUGUCCUGAUCAUCAGCAAAGCCAAAAAUCUCAAGGGUCAAACGUGUCCCAGGAUGCAGGGUCUCUGUCAUCUUCAAGUAUGGAAGAGCCUGGGGUCCCUGCAAACCAGCCAAAGAAGAGGAAGAAAAACAGGAAACUUGUCUUGAAGAACAAAGCAAAACCCCCAGAAGCUGACGUGGAGAAUAAGAUGACAUUCUACUCUCAUUGGGUUAACCCUGAAGUGAACUGUGAAAGGCAGGAGGAGCCUAUCAUGCUCUCGAAGUCUGAAACAGAGGCCAAACCCAAGACUGCGAAGAGUCAGACUCCUGUCAAAGACGGAGCAGAGGGACCCACUGUGGAGAAGACUACAAAGGGCCCCAAAGCCAGUUCCGUUUGUGCUAAGAAGAACAUUUGACUUUCCUCAGCACCUACAGUGCCUGCGCAGCUCCAGCAAUGCCCCUUCUGCCCGGCUAACCCUGCUUCGAUGGCUGUUCCCAUAGCUGCUUCAAAAAUUGUGUCACCCAGCUAGGAAACCAAUGUCAGAUCUCCCCUCAACUCAGCAGAAGGCCCCGGUUUACACAGAGAGGAGAAGCAUUUCAAGCAGAGAGUCUGUAGGUUCCCAAAGUUCUGCAUCCUCCCUAACAAAGGCUAUCAACCAUCAUUUCCACUCCCAUGGAAGAAAGCCUUGGCAUUCUCCAAAUAUACUCUAUACCUAUAAAGCAAAGGGCCACCUGUAUUUUCUUUUUCAUUGCUGUAUUUGAUAAAGUGGGAAAUGCUCUCCAUGUGGUAUCUAGCACUUAAGUGUGCCUGUCACUGUGAUGGGUCAGCAUCUAUAUCAUAUAUAUAUCCAUCCCCUGGGUAAAGAGACUUGUGUGGAGAAGGAAGACCCCUUGUUUAAAGUACACUGAAGGUAUAGAUCACACUUGAAUUCCCAUGAAGAAAUGAGCUACCUACCUUUUCUUUUAAAAGUGCUCAAUCUGUCCCUGUGUUCACGUCUCCCUUUUGAAUUUUACUUAUUCUGUUGGCUCCACCCAAAUGAAUUCUUCAUGUACUUCAGAAACUCAAGAGCUGGGCUUCCUUGUGAUGUGGUAUGAGGCAGAGGUGGGUACCUUUGGUUCAUAAGGAAUUCAGCAUCUGUCACCAUCCUGUCAAGUCAAGAAAAAGUGGUAACGGGAGUUGCUUCCUCUCAAAGGACCCCACUGUUUAGCACAAUGUGUUUGCUCUAGCAGGAUGCAGAAAAUGCAGGUGGGAGAAAGUAUGAAUGUGUGUGUCAUUUCUCCCUUCAGCAGUGACUUAAAGGAAGGAAGAGCAGCCCUUGGUUGAUCCUCAAAGCAGAGGAACACCAGGCCCAGGCUAGCUAAGCCAAUAUUCUCCCUGGUUUUUCCUGGAGCACCCCAAAGAUCAAGGAGGUCUUCUGACAGGCACAUCCUCUCUCCCUGUGGGAGCCAGGCAGAGAGCCACAAAGCUCGGGGACUGGAGGGGAGGCCCCAUGAGGGAGCUGAGGCGGGGAAAUGAGUUGGUGUGCACACUUCCUGGGUUGGGAUGGAGCGUUCUUCCCUCCAGGUUGUUGUCUGGCUUCCAUUUUGUGGCAAAAUUGGACAAUUGAUCCCCAUUAAUUAUUUUUUAAAUUUUACUUUACAUUUUUAAUAAAAUGUAUUUUGGUCA